GAAUUCCUAUAAAACAUUGCUGAACUCCAGCAGAGUCAUCAUUCAGAGUCGUCUCUUAGUCGCAGACACACGCACUCCUCCAAAUCAGCCAAGAUGUUCCGCUACAUGCUCGUCGCCUCCGCCAUCCUGGCCUGCGCCUACGCCGCCGCCACCUACAACCAGGACGGCAGUGCCUACAUCACCAAGCUCGAUGCCGACAUCCAGCCCGAGGGCAACUACAACUACCAGUACGAGACCAGCAACGGCAUUGCCGCCCAGGAGGCCGGAAUCGGAGGAAACCACGCCAGCGGAGGCUACUCGUACUACUCUCCCGAGGGUCAGCUCGUCCAGAUCUCGUAUGUUGCUGAUGCCAACGGCUACCAGCCCCAGGGAGCCCUCCUGCCCACUCCUCCCCCAAUCCCAGUUGCCAUCCUGAAGAGCCUGGAGUACAUCCGCACCCAUCCCCAGUACGUCGAGAAGGAGUACCGCAGGCCCGCUUUCCAGAAGGUCUUCGGUUAAGCGGAGUCGGGAGUCUCAUGUGACAACACAUCAAAAGCUUUAUUACGAAUCGUAAAAAUGUUAAUGUAGAAAUGAAAUAAACGACGAAGAUGUAAAAACAAUCUAAGAAGUCUAA